AUGUCGUUGGCCAUUGAAGUCCAAGGCCUCACAUACAAAUUUCCUAAUGCUCCAGCGCCGGCUCUCGUUGACGUUAGUCUCGAGGUCGGAUGGAAUACCCGAACAUUGAUCGUAGGUUCGAACGGCGCGGGCAAAUCGACGCUUCUGAAGCUUUUGAGCGGAAAACAUCUCUGCCUCACAGGUAACAUCUUAGUGGACGGGAUGGAUCCGUUCAGCCCUGUGUCUCAACAGCACAGGGAACAGGAUGGGUGUCAAACUACUACGUAUCUCGGUACCGAAUGGUGUCACAUGUCGUUCAUCAACAGAGACAUAGGAGUCCUUGAGCUUUUAAACAGCAUUGGAUUUGAGCAUUUUCGCGACCGCGGUGAAGCUCUCAUUGACAUUUUAGACGUGGACGUGAAUUGGCGUAUGCAUCGACUCAGCGACGGGCAAAAACGUCGCGUCCAGCUUGCCAUGGGUCUUCUCAAGCCCUGGCGUCUGCUGCUGCUUGACGAAGUGACUGUUGACCUCGACGUACUCGCACGCAGUCGGCUGCUCUCGUUUCUCGAGCACGAAACGAGGAAUCGUCGUUGUUCCGUCGUUUACGCUACCCAUAUUUUCGAUGGCCUCGCAGAAUGGCCCGAUAAACUGAUCCACAUACGCGACGGCCGACUAGUCAAAUCUUUGGACUACAAGCAAGACGUCUUUUUCGAACAAGAGCUACGGAAGGUCACUGAAUCUGGCAAAACCGUUAAGUUAGGCUACACCAAGUCUCUGCACCCACUUGCGCUAAGCUGGAUCUCCAAAGACGAGGGAAAGAAUUGA